GGAAGGGGGAGAUCACCAAGUGUGGUACAGCCCAGCACAGGGCCCCGCGGGGCUGCAUAUGUUGCACAGCAGAGAGUAAUGGACAGGAGUCUGGAUCUCGGGCCCGGCCACUUAUCCUCUGUGUGACCAUCGCAUGCAUUUUCCAGACAUUUCCUGAGUGGCGUUCUCUGCUGGUCAUUGAGCCAAAUACAGAGGACCUGGAGAAGACGGAGACACAGUCCUUGCCCUCACAAGCCGCGGCACUGCCCAAAAUCUGGACUGAAAAUGGUGUUUGGACUAUGCUGCCAGAGAGAGAGGCUCUACAAGUCCCUGUACAUAGUACAGGUCUUCGUUCUUGCAGGAGUGGUGUACUACUAUUUUCAGGAGUCUGUGGGGAAGCCAGUCCCGGACCAUGAGAUCGCUGGGGAAUCCUCACAGCCCGUAGGGGAGACCUUAAGGCCAGUGUGGGGGCUGAUGGAUAAGUGCUACCCUGCGACCACUCAGAGACGCAGAGUCAGGAGUGGGAAGAAGCAAGCCUCCGAGGCCAUGACCCCCAAGGCAACUGGAGGACUGAAUGAUGCUGCGAAGGAGGAUCCUGACAUCUUGGCUCAGCGUGAGGGGGAGGGGAGGGCCCCAGAGGCGGAAGCAGCCAGCUCCAUUCCCGCCAGGAGGGAGAAGGCUGAGGAGGAAGAGGUGGCAGGGAUCCCAGACUGGGAGGACAAUAAAAAGGUCCGUAAGGAGAUGGCAAUAUACCCUUCUGAGGCCUCUGAGGUGGCGAGUGAGGAGGAAAGGCCCGGGGCCUGGGUCCCCCAGCUCCUGAGGAGGCUCUGGCUGGGCUGGUUCCCAGCCCCUGACACCCGGAAGACACAGAACCACGAAUGACAAAGUAGCCAAUAAAUCCACAGUUACUGCUUCUGCAGACCCA